AUGUCGUCAAGCACUUUAAUCUUCCUCUUCCGCCUGCGAGACGAUUUGCUUCCUCAGCCUACUAGGCCACAUCAUUCUGCCAACUCAGGCAGCCAGGCCGUUAGGCUGGCUCUCAAUCCAAUUUUACAGACAAGUACAUUAAAAGUACUUCUAUACCACAUCGAAAAUGACAUAGAGUCAUGGCCAAUAGAUGGCGCCACAAUAAAAGUAAUCCGCGACCUUCAGACACUAGCUACAGAUAUCAGCGAUAAAGCAUUGACCUAUGUUGAAGCAUCAGAUCCUAUGCCAAACACAAAAGCCAAAUGUCACAUAUCAUCACAAUGCUGGACAAAGAUGACCCAGAUGGGAUACAACAGCUAUUCUUUAACGCACGAAAUCUUCUAUAUAAUGAUCGCAUAUCAGAUGGGAUGCCAGGAAGAAAUGAACAAACAACGAACACUAUUGAAUCAACCACCUCCGGCUGACCUUGCAAAAACCUUCUGUGCCUCCGUUUACCUAGAGGCUUUACAAAUAGAAAAGAAUAAUUUCCCCGAACUGAGAAGGGACCUGUUCAUGGAACAAGCUGCCUUGUGUGGUGCUAUGGGAUACAGAUGGUUUUUCACGCCUGAAUGGUUGGAAACAAUAAUAAGCUGGCAGGAUAAUGAGUCCGGAUGUUACAAAGGGGAAACAAUCCGUGAAAGUGACGUUGAAUUCAGAGGUACCGAAUCGUCUCUAAACUUGCGUGUUAAGCGAGAAGAACGUGUGCUCGAGGACGGAUGUUUGAGCCAUACAACUGCGGUGGCGGCCGGUGCUCUCGCCAUGUAUGUGCGGUAUAUAGCCGAGUAUCAGCAAAUGGUCUUUGAACAAAACCAGAUUUUCAAUUGACGAAAAAUGUGAACAAACUAAUAAAAAAAAUGAACACAACAAUUAAAUACUGACACUGCAACUCAACCAUGCGAACUGUUGUUGUCUGGUGUAUAGUGUGUUACUUUGUGAUUCAAACAUAAGAGGCUUAGAGAUAAACUCUGAACUCAUAACAUUGCUUAUAAAACAAAAGUGAUUGUAAGAAAUUAAUAAAAUUAUUUGUUUAUUCAUAUAAAUCAUUAACUUUUAGAAAAAAAUGUCAUCAUCCCUCUGUCAUCUACUCUGUUAUUUGUUGUUUUUUUUUCAUUUCCCCACUGCACCCGUAAUGUGUUGUUCUAUUGACGCUUUUAUCAGUUUUGUCCCUUCCGUUUUGUUCAAUAAAAUCUGUAUGUUGGGAUAUAUCUUUA